AUGCCUCCCAAGGGUAAGAAGCCCGCCCCCGCGCCCGCGGGCGUCAAGCCCGCGGCGGCGGCCAAGUCGCCGUCCGACCCGCUCUUCGAGAAGAAGGCGAAGACGUUCGGCAUCGGCCAGUCGCUCCCGCCGCGGCAGCCGCUGAACCGCUACGUGAAGUGGCCGAAGUACGUCCGCAUUCAGCGCGCGCGCCGCGUGCUCCAGAAGCGUCUCAAGGUGCCGCCCGCGAUCAACCAGUUCAACAACACGCUGGACAAGAACCUCGCGACGUCGCUGUUUAAGAUCCUCAUGAAGUACCGCCCCGAGGACGACGCGCAAAAGAAGGAGAGGCUCACCGCGCAGGCGGCCGCGGAGGCGGCCGGCAAGGAGGUCGAGUCCAAAAAGCCCGUCGUCGUGAAGUACGGCAUCAACCACAUCACGUACUUGGUCGAGCAAGGGAAGGCGCAGCUGGUGUGCAUCGCGCACGACGUCGAUCCCAUCGAGCUCGUCAUCUGGCUCCCGGCGUUGUGCCGGCAGAUGAACGUGCCGUACUGCAUCGUGAAGGGCAAGGCGCGGUUGGGGACGGUCGUGCACAAGAAGACGGCCACCGCGCUCGCGCUCACGGCGAUCAAGAACGAGGACAAGAUGGAGUUUUCGAAGCUCGUGGAGGCGAUCAAGGGGUCGUACAACGAUCGCUUCGAGGCUUCCAACAGGAAGUGGGGCGGCGGCAUCAUGGGCGUCAAGUCCCAGGCGAAGACGAAGAAGAAGCAGCGCAUCAUCGACGCGGAGCUUCGCGCGCGCGAGAAGGUGUAAACGUGCGCGCGAGCGGCGAGCGAGACGAGACGGGAAGGAGGAGGUCGCGCGUCUGAGGUCGAAUCGGAGAGGACGCGGGCGGGAGCGACGAUCUCUCUCUCUCGCGUCGCGUCCUCGCCGAAGUUGGGUGGGUGUGGGUGAGCUCGCGAGGUCACGCGAACGACACGAUGCGGAUGGGGGGAAACUAUGCCGUAGUAGGGUGUAGCGCCGAAUCGUCGGUCGUCGUUGCGUUGUGACGAAGCGAAAUCAUUCUUCUUU